AUGAGCUGUCGCCUGCAGAGUUCCUCCGCCAGCUACGGAGGUGGCUUCGGGGGUGGCUCCUGCCAGCUGGGAGGAGGCCGCAGUAUCUCUACUUCCUCAACCCGGUUUGUCUCUGGGGGAUCAGCUGGAGGCUAUGGGGGUGGUGUGAGCUGUGGCUUUGGUGGAGGGGCUGGUAGUGGUUUUGGGGGUGGCUUCGGAGGCAGCUAUGGAGGUGGCUUUGGAGGUGGCCUUGGAGGUGGCUUCGGUGGGGGUUUCGGCGGUGGCUUUGGUGACUUUGGUGGUGGCGAUGGCGGCCUCCUCUCCGGCAAUGAGAAGAUCACCAUGCAGAACCUCAACGACCGCCUGGCCUCCUACCUGGACAAGGUGCGUGCCCUGGAGGAGGCCAACACCGACCUGGAGGUGAAGAUCCGGGACUGGCACCUGAAGCAGAGCCCGGCCAGCCCAGAGCGUGACUACAGCCCCUACUUCAAGACCAUAGAAGAGCUCCGGGAAAAGAUCCUGGCGGCCACCAUUGACAACAACCGGGUCAUUCUGGAGAUUGACAAUGCCAGGCUGGCAGCUGAUGACUUCAGGCUCAAGUACGAGAAUGAGCUGGCCCUGCGCCAGAGUGUGGAGGCCGACAUCAACGGCCUGCGCAGGGUGCUGGAUGAGCUGACCUUGACCAAGACCGAUCUGGAGAUGCAGAUCGAGAGCCUGAAUGAGGAGCUGGCCUACCUGAAGAAGAACCACGAGGAGGAGAUGAAGGAGUUAGGCAACCAGGUGGUUGGCCAGGUCAACGUGGAGAUGGACGCCACCCCGGGCAUUGACCUGACCCGCGUGCUGGCGGAGAUGAGGGAGCAGUAUGAGGCCAUGGCGGAGAAGAACCGCCGGGACGCAGAGGAGUGGUUCCACAGCAAGAGUGCAGAGCUGAACAAGGAGGUGUCUUCCAGCACUGCCAUGAUCCAGACCAGCAAGACGGAGAUCACGGAGCUCAGGCGUACGCUCCAGGGCCUGGAGAUCGAGCUGCAGUCGCAGCUCAGCAUGAAAGCCGGGCUGGAGAGCUCACUGGCGGAGACGGAGUGCCGCUACGCCCUGCAGCUGCAGCAGAUCCAGGGCCUCAUCAGCAGCAUCGAGGCCCAGCUAAGUGAGCUCCGCAGUGAGAUGGAGUGCCAGAACCAGGAGUACAAGGUGCUGCUGGACAUCAAGACGCGCCUGGAGCAGGAGAUCGCCACCUACCGCAGCCUGCUGGAGGGCCAGGACGCCAAGUAG